AUGCGGGCCGCGUGCGCGCCACCGAACGCGCGUUUCAUCGCGCGCGCGCGUCGCGCACGACCGAAACAUCGCGCCGCCGCUUUUCUGACAUCCAUUCGCGCCGCCGCCGCGCCCGACGCCGACGACGCCGCCGUCGAUGACGCACCGAGCGAUCCGUGGCUGGAAGACCGUCGCGCGUACUUGUCCGCGCUCACGGUGGAGAAAGGGUUGAAACCGCUGUGCCGAGGGUACGGGUUGAAAUUGGGCGGGUCCAAGGGCGCGUUGCUCGAGCGCGUGUUGGCGCACGAGAGCGCGAAUCGGUCGAUGAUGGCGCCCAUGGAGGAGGUCGUGAAGAAAGCGACGUCGUGGAGGAAUUCUAGGGUUGUGUCGGUGGAGAGACCGGACGCGCGGGCGGAGGCGAGGAUGCGGGAGCGACGAGCGCGAGUGGACGAAGCGGGCGGAUGGGGACGGAGCGAGGAGGAGGACGACGGCGAGGACGUGAACGAUGAUGGGUGGGGGUCGUCAUGGGCGAAGAGAGCCGAUCGCGAGGAGGCGAGCACGACGGAGAGGAUGUUGGAACUCGAGGCGAAGUAUCCCGAGCUGCGACCGGCGAGCGAGAAAGUGAGCAAGGAUGACUUGGCGAGACGCGUCGCCGUCGUCAACGGAUUACGAGCGCUGGCAAAGGACAAGUCUGGAUACGAGGCGGACACCGGGAUGCACCUCGAGGCGAUCGCACGAGCGAUCACGACCAUGUAUAAGGAGAUUCCAGGGAGCGCGCUUAGGUUGAUCCAGCGCGAGCGAAGGGACGCGCGCUUGGACGUGAGCGUGGACAUUGACGUCGAACGCGGGCGGUUCGCCGUGUUGGUGCAAGUUUUCGGACGCUCGGGGACGGUGGAGCGCGAGUACGACGACACAAAAUUUUUCACUUUUAACAUUCGUCGUCAGAAUCGCAUGCGGACGCUGAUUCGAUACAUGUCUGAGGAGAUGAAGAGCGGCGUGGCGCGAAUGGCGACGGAGAAUUACGUCGAGCAAAUCGGAAGCCUGUGCGUGGGUACCACGAGGUUCCGCUCAGAGGAUGGCUCUUGGAUGGUGGACAUCGCCGACGGUGCCGCGGGUGUGAUUCCACCCGAGGAACAGCUGCAGUUAUUUAACGACCGUCAGCUCAAGCAGGGUGACGAGGUAUCGUGCUACGUCCUCGACGUCGAUCAAAACUUGUUCACGGGACGCGAGCAAACGCCUGUGGUACUGUCGAUGACGAUUCCUGCCGUCGUCGCGGCGAUCAUCCGCGACGAAGUGCCAGAGAUCGCCAAGGGCGACGUUGAAAUCAAGGCCAUCGCGCGCAUCGCCGGUAAAAUCACCAAGGUUGCUGUCGCUCCGGUUCCAGGUUCGUCCAUCUGGAACACGAUCGACGUGUGCGUCGGCGUCGAUCAGGUGAGACUGAAGCGCAUCAGAGAGCGCGCCGGUGGUGAGGUCGUGCACUUCAUCAAUUGGAGCGAUGACCCCUCCGAGGUGGUCAAGGCGGCACUGUUUCCGGCCGACGUCAAGUCGGUAGAAAAGUCUUUCCCCGACGGCUCGCAGCGCCCCAAGUUUACCGCCUACGUGAGCGAAUUCGACGUCAAGCGCGCUAUUGGCACGAAUGGAAACAACGUCAAGCUCUGCGCCGCGCUGACGAACUCGUUCGUGGUCAUCGAAGCGGUCGCGGACUCUCGAUCGAGUAGGAGAAGCUCGUCUUUCAACGACGAUCCUGGCGACGGUUUCGAUUAUGGAAGCGGCGGAUUUUGGGGCGACGAUCGCGACGAUGAGUUCGGCGCCACCGCGGCUGAAAAGUUUGCCGACAUUCUCAAGGACGACCGCUUCGGCGAGCGUCGCCAGGGCGUGGUUUUAGACGAUCUCGGCUGGCCUGAGUUCGAUGAGUUCGAGGACAUGCCAACGUCCAAGCCUGCGGUGGAAUCCAAGCCCAAGGCAGAGCUCAAAACACUCGACGAGGCGCUCGGCGAUCGAUCGGACGGAGACGAAGACGCCCCCGAGGAAUGGGUCGUCGGUCCGGGUCGACCCGGUCUCGUCACCUUUGGCGCCACCGGUCGCGCCGGUGUUGUCGGUUCCGCCCUAUUUCUCGGCGACGAGGACUCGGAUGAGCUCUACGAUGAUUAA